AUGGCGGACAUAGAAGACUUAUUUCGUUUAGAUCAAUUUGUCGGUUCUGAAACUUUAGCGGAACUUUGUUUCAAAGUGAUCUGCAAGGAUUUGGACAUCAUCUCAGAGAAAAAUGAAUUGGGAAAAGAAGUCGCAUUACGAAGUCUCUUGACGGGAUUGGUCUUGCCAAGCGAGAUAUGCGACAAACUUAUCGAAUACGUUCUUCGGAGCGACACGAUAGAAUUUCAUGAUGAAUUCUUUCACGUGUUCCGGGAUACGUCGAGAACCAAACUGAAACGUGUCAAAGUCGUAAGAUCUAAUAUGGCUAAUUACUCGGCAAAGAUUCUGACUUCCCACAAACUUGUUGAAUUAGAACUUACUGAUUGCGUUAAUGUAACAGAAGCUACUAUAGAAUAUAUAAAUGCUAAUGCAGACAAUCUGCAGAGUUUAACAUGUCGUGGUAUACAUUCUUCUCUUAUCCCAGCAAGACUUACUGAAUACCAGAAACGGGGAUACGUAUUCAAAAUACCAAACCUAAGAAGUUUGACUUUAGAAUAUGUCAGAAUUCGUACACCGGAGUAUAAUUUACUAUUGGCUGGAAUGACAAAUUUGACACAUCUGGAUUUAUCUAAUAAUUUCCAUAUAGGCAACUUUGAAUUUUUUAGCUCAGUUCCCAAUUUAAUAUCUUUAGUUUUACACAAUGUCAAGAUUAAUUUUCAAGUUCCAGCUUUUCUUGACAAUCUUUGUUGCUUGAAGAAUUUAAGGCAUUUGGAUAUUUCACAAUUCAACCAUGGACAUGGAGUAUUUGGACAUCCUAAUAUAAUCCUAUCUGACAUAGUGAAGGGCUUACCACACCUAACUUCUUUGGAUAUUAGUGGUACCAACUUAGCAGGAGUACAAGUAGGAGACAAUGGAAGACAAGGAAAAACGCUCAAACGACCUUGUUUCCAUGACGCUGAUUGCGCGAAUACCAGUGAACAUUGUGAUAUACCAGGUCUUGCUUCUAGAGUAGACAGACCUUUACAGUUCUUAGGGCUUUAUGGGACAGAAUAUGAAGCAUGUAGAAGACGUAAUAUUCCAGCUAAAUUGAUAGCAGGAGAUGCAAACGAAGACCAAAUACUGGUAGCAGCCCAUGUUUGCAUGAAUAGUAAACCUGGUUUCUUACAAAAAAUACUGAAUGAUCUUUAUCAUGUGUACAGAUAUGAGAAUUUUCACAGAAUGGAUCAAGCUCUUUGUGCAAUAUUAGAGGCAAUGGAGAAACACCCACUACACAAAUAUGUGCAAAUAGCUGGAAGUGCAACACUGUUUUAUGUUGUAAAAAUGAAAGAAAAGGGAGAAAUAGAACCACGGCUCAAAGAAAGAAUUAUUCGCACUCUUCUCACUGGAAUGAGCAAUUUCAAAGAUGAAGAAACAAUGAUGCGCAAUGGUUGUCUAACGCUAAAUCAAUUUCGUAUACCACAGGACGUUAUGUCAAAUUAUGAAGCAUUGGUAAAACUGCUUUUAUAUUCAGCCAAGCAUGCGGAGCAGGAAGGUUACGUUCAGCGUAUUGGAAUAUUUCUUUUGAAUAGUUUAGCAUGUCAAGUAACAGGCAGGGAGAAACGUUUAUUAGGCAAUCUCGGUUGUAUCAAGACAAUGCUUGAAUUAAUCGAAUAUAGAGUUGAAUUUGAUAUAUUCGACGAUGUUCUAGAGGUAGCAUGGUCAACUAUGUGGAAUAUGACCGAUGAGACUCCCAUAAAUUGUGAACGAUUCUUUGAUGAAAAUGGCAUGGAGUUUUUCCAUAAGUGUGUCAAGAAAUAUCGCCACAAGGAAGAAUUAUUGAAGAAUAUGAUGGGUUUAUUGGGUAACGUAGCUGAGGUACAACAUCUGAGAGCACAUCUGGUACAACAACAAUACAUUAAACUUUUUGCAAACUUAUUACAUUCUGACAGUGAGGGUAUCGAGAUACCUUAUAAUGCUGCUGGUAUAUUAGCUCACAUAGCAUCCGAUGGCGUUGAAGCAUGGACGGUGAAAAGACCAAGUCGAAAUGAAGUGCUGGAGCUUAUGGUUAAAGCCAGUGAACAGUGGGAUAUGUUUUCUGAGCGUAAUAUCAAUUAUCGCUCAUUUUUACCUUUACUGCGUUUGUUAGAUGUGUAUCAUACACCACAAUGCCAGCAUUGGGCAGUUUGGGCUCUUGCUAAUCUUACAACUGUUUAUCCUCAUAAGUAUUGCAUACUGGUUAUAGAAGAAGGAGGCAUUGAGAAAUUAAAUACUUUAAUGUCCGAUCCAAGACCAUAUGAGCGUAUUAAAGCACUUGCACACUUUGUAGUUGUGAAUUGCUGUCAUUACAGUAGCAAUUCAGUAGCACAGAAGUGUGAGUAA